AUGGAUGAAAUUCUUUAUUUUUAUGAUGAGGAAGAGGUAUAUAAUAUUAGUAAUAGAAAAGAAUACUUUUUAAGGUGUUGAUGGAGUGAAGUAGAUGGGGAAUAUAAGAUAGGUGUGUAAGGGAUUCGUAAAAAAUUAGUAUUAAAUAUUAUCAGGUAUUUUUGUUGAUUAGAGAUUGUAGAGAAUGGAUGUGUUUACUAUUUGGAACUAGGGAAAUCAUUUUAUAGAAUUCCUACUUGGAAUAGUAAAGUAAAACAAUUGGCAACGAAUGAAUCAGUUACUUUAUUGUUAUGCUACUCAGGAUAGUUAUUUGGAUUUGGAGAGGAUAAAUAAUAAUUAGGUAUGAUGUAUAAUAUAUUUAGGUUUAUUGGGUAAUGAGAAAUGUUAUAGUUCAUAAAGUGUGAUAAAGAUUGGUAACGAUUUUAAGAGUGUGUCAUUAUCAUAAAAUAUAGGAUGUGGUUUAGAUUAUAGAGGCUAAGCAUGGAUAUGGGGUAAUUCUCCUAUAGGAAGAAGUGAUGUUCCAGUAAGAAUAGAGGGAAAGUUCAUAAAGAUUUGUGCAGCUAAAGAUUAUGUUAUAUUUACUGAUCAGUAAGCAUAAGUGAAAGUCUUGAGUGAAAUAUUUAGAUUAUCAAAUGAAUACUUCACUUGCUAAAAUUUAUGGACGAUAACUAAAGCUGAAUAAAUAGAUUCAAAUUAUUUGAUUGUAAAUGAGAUUAUACCAAAUGACAGAUAUUCAAUUUUAUUAUCAAGUAUCAUUCUUAUUCAUAUAAAUAGAUAAAAACCGAAUGUUUAUAUUAAUUAAUAAUAAUGGAAGAUAUAUAGUUAGGAGAUUAGCUAUCAACAUUAGAAUUCAUCAUUUAUAAUAAACUGAUUAUUAUAUCUAUUGUUUUACUGAAGAAGCAAGAUUUAUUAAAAUUGAUAAAGCUAAUCUUUAUAGUAAUGAAACUAAUGAAUUACAACAAAUUUAUGAAUAAAUAAGAUUCCAAAUACCAGAAUACGAAUAAAAACAUUUAAGUUCUAUCUAACCAAUCUUAUCAAUUAAAUAUCCUUUUAAUUUACCAGCAUUUAUUGUUGAUAAAAGAAGAUUCAAUGAAGGAAUAUCAGUUAUAAGAUAAUAACAUAUUGAAGUAGAUAUUAAAGCACAUAUUUAAUCUACUGAAAAUAAGUUAUCAAUCAUUAAAUAAAUGUCUCCUAUGAAAAGUUCAUAAUAAUUAUUUUCAUCAAGAGUUAUGAGCAAAUCUAGAACAUCAUUAACAUCUCAUAUGUCUAGAUUUUAUUAUUCACCUUAAUAAAAUGAUAAAAUUCAACAUUUUUAAACUCCUAAAAAAUAAAAUCCUACUACUCCUUCUAAAUAUAUAUAAAGUUUUCUUAAUUCAAAUUCACCAAGUCCUAUUACUAAAUCUUUUAUAUAAGAAUAAAAAAUAAAUUAAAUUUCUACUAUUAAAAAAGCUAAUUUAAUAAGAUUACUUAUUUAAGAUAUAUAAAAAUCAAUUAAUAAACUUAAUAAUUUAUAAUAAGUUCCUGUUGAUAUGAGAGAUCGUACUCAUUCAAGAAGAAGUAGUUCUGUUCAUUUAGAUUAAGUUUAAUCUAUGAUUAUAGAAUUAGGAAAUGCAUAAUAAAGAAAUAAUAGUCAAGAAAAAAUUAAUAAACUAAAUAAUUCAUUUAAUAGUAAAUUAUCAUAACAUGAUAAUAAAAAUACUAAUGCAAGUUCUCUCUUUUAAUCUGAAUAAGAUUUAAUUGAUGAAUUAAGAGCAUCAGAACCACUUGAUAUGAUUGAAGAAGAAUAUUUAGAAUAUGAUGACGAAACUGAUCAAGUUAAAAGAAUCUUAAUAAGAAGACCUAUUGAUUAAGAUUAUGAAUAUGGACAUAAUCUUAAAUAAGAUAUGGGAGAUGGCAAAAUAUUAGUAUCUAGAAAAUUAGUUAAUGUUACUGAUGAAGAUGGAUGGAAUAGAUAAGAUAAUGGAUAACUUAAAAAGGUUAUUAGUUAAUAAGAACCUUAAAAAUAUAUUGAAGAAGAAAUUCUUAUAGAAAAUCCUAAGACUGGUUAAAUUACUAGAAAGAUUGUUAGAAUUCCUUAUAAUGAUUAAAAUCUUACAUUAGGUGAAGGAUUAAAUGAAAUCAAUACUCAAGGAUAAAAAAUUAUAGGACGUAGAAUUGUUGCUAAUGAAUAUUCUACUGAAUAAUUAGAAUAAGAAGGAUGGAUUUCCAAAGAAUCUAAAUUAGAAAGAAUACUUGGAAAUAGAGAACCUAAUAAAUAUGUUGAAGAAGAAAUAUUAGAAGUUAAUCCAUUAACAGGUUAAGUUGAAAGAAAAAUCAUACGUAGAAAAUAUGAUAAAAAUAGAAAAUUAGAAGAUGGAUAAAAAUUAGUAUCAAGUAGAAUUGUAGAUAAUAUUUAAUCAUCUAAAUAAUUAGCAUAAGAUGGAUGGAAUUGUAAUUUCAAUCUUGGAACUGCAUAAAAAAUUAUAUCAAAUUAAGAUGAAAUUUUUUAUGUUGAAGAAGAAAUCUUACAAGUAUCAUAAAAAAAAUAAGAUAGAAAAUUAAUUAGGAAAAUCUAUUUUGAUGAAUAAUCUAUUAAUAAAAUAGAAUAAGAAUUUGGAGAAAACUUAUAUGAAAUUCAAAUCUAAGGAGUCAGAAUUAUUGCAAGAAGAGUAAUUAAAGAAGAAAAGUAAAUUGAUAAAGAUUGGAAAUAUUAUUCAGAUAAAAAAUAUUGGGAAAAAGUAAUUAAAUAAGGGGAAUCUUGUAAAUAUAUUUAGGAAACUAUUAUUGAAAUAGAUUUUGACAAAUACGAAUAAACUAAAAAAUAAAUUAGAUAUGAUUUAAAAGUUGAUGAAAAAACUUUAAUCCUUGGAGAUAAUAUAGAUGAAUUAUAAUUUGAUGGAAGUUAAAUUAUUUCUAGAGAAAUUGGAGAUAAUAUUGAAUCAACUGUGUAUCUUAGAGAAUAAGGAUGGAUUAAAAAUAAAAUUGAAUAAUUAGAAAAAAUUAUCUCUAUUGAUAAAAUUGAAAAUUUUUAUGAGGAAGAAAUAUUAAUUCAAAAUUUAUAAGCAGGAAAAUAAUAACGUAAAUUAAUUCGAAGACCUAUUCUUGAAGUAGGAGAAAAAUGUAAAUUGGGAGAUAAUCUCGAAGAAAGAAUAUCUGAUGAUCAAGUUGUAAUUAGUAGAAAAAUAAUUAAAAAUGAUGGCAAUCAAGAAAAUUGGAAAAAAAAUGAGAUUACAAGAAAUUUAGAAAAAGUUUUAAUAUAAAGUGAACCAAUUGAAUUUAUAUAAGAAGAAUUACUGACAUUUAAUUAACAAACAGGAACAAUGAUUAGAUAGUUAGUCAAAAGACCAUCUGUUAAUAAAGAUAAAAUGUAAUUUGGAUAAUUAAAGGAAGUUGAUAAGGAUGGUAACAUAAUUGUAAACCGUACACUUGUACCUAAUUUAAAAUUGCUUGGUUCAGAUUGGACAAGAGGGACUAUGGGAUCAUAUCGUUAAACAAUAGCUGAAGAGCCAGAGGAAUAUAUUGAAGAAGAGAUAAUUGUAGUGAAAAAUGGUAAAUAGGAAAGAAAAUUAAUUAGAAGACCAUUUAAUUAAGAAGAUCUUUAAAGAAAUUAUGGUGAUGAUAUUAAUGAUGUUAAUGAAAAUGGAGAAAAAGUAGUUGCAAGAAGAGUUAUUGGAAAUGAUCAAUCAAAAGCACAAUUAGAAAAAGAAGGAUGGAAAUUGAAUGAAAAUGGAGAUUUAGAAAUAAAAUAGAUUGAGCCUUCUUAAUAUAUAGUUGAAGAAAUUCUCUGUUUUAAUAAAGAAACUGGAAAUUAUGAAAGAAAAAUGAUAAAAAGAUAGAUGACAAAAUAAGAUGAAAAAUUAAAUUUUGGUGAAAAUUUAUCUGAAGUAGAUAAGAAUGGUAAUAAAAUAUUAUCUAGAUAAAUAAUUUAAAAUGUUUAAUCAUUAAAUAAAUAAAAGGAAGAGGGAUGGAUUUAAUAAAAUGGAAAUUAUGAGAAGAUUAUUAAUAUCUAAGAACCAGAAAAAUAUAUAGAAGAAGAAGUGCUUAUUUUAAAAAAUGGAGUUCAAGAGAGAAAACUCAUAAGAAGACCUUAUAAUAAUCAAUAAGUGAAUGUAGGAGAGAAUUUAAAUGAGGAUAAUAAUGGACUUAAAAUUGUAUCUAGAAAGAUAGUUUCAAAUGAUUAAUCUUCAUCUCAAUUAUAAAAUGAAAAAUGGUUCAGAAAUAAUAAAGGUCAAUUAGAAUUAUUAAUAUCAAAAUCUGAACCAUAAUAAUUUGUAGAGGAGGAAGUAUUAGCUUAUAAUGAAGAGACUGGUUUAAUGGAAAGAAAAUUAAUUCGAAGAUAAUAUAAUCCGAAUAAAGAUAGUAAAUUAAAAACAGGAGUAGAAUUAGAUGAAGUUGAUUCUAAUGGUUAUAAAAUAUUAUCAAGAUAAAUUGUUGAUAAUACAAAAUCAUCUAAGUCAAAUAAUUAGGAAGGAUGGGCAAUGUAAAACAAUGGAACUUAAAUUAAGGUGAUUUCCUCUCAAGAACCUGAAGCAUAUAUAGAAGAAGAAAUUUUAAUUAUAAAUCCAAAAACAGGUAAAUAAGAAAGGAAACUUAUAAGAAAGCCUUAUAAUUAAGAAGAUUUAGAUGUAGGAGAAUCAAUCAAUGAAAUUAAUAAUGGAUAAAGAGUUGUUGCAAGAAGAAUUAUAUAGAAUGAUCAAUCAAUUUAUGCAUUAAAGAAUUGGUAAUAAUAAAAAGGAUAAGAAAUCUAAGAAAUUGUUUUAAAUGAAGAACCAACUUAGUAUAUAGAAGAAGAAAUAUUAAUUAAGGAUAAAAAUGGUUAGAUUAUUCGAUAAAAAGUUAGAAAGCCCUAUGAGGCAAACAAAAAUAUAUAAAUGGGAAAUAUUCAUGAAUAGCUUUAAGAUGGAAGUAUUGUGGUUAAUAGAAAGAUAGUAGAUAAUAAUUUUUCAUAAGCAGAAAUGAAGAAUUGGAAAACUGAUUAAAAGGGAUAAUUAGUUUAAGUUAUUAAUCAAAAUGAACCAGAACGUUAUAUUGAAUAAGAAGUAUUAAUAAUAAAUCCAAAGACUGGAAAAUAAGAAAGAAAAUUGAUAAGAAUACCUUAUACAAAUUAGAAUGAAGCUUUUGGUGAUGAUUUGAAUGAAUCAAUAGGUCCUAAUGCAAAAGUAAUUUCAAGAAAAAUAGUUUAAAAUGAUCAUUGUUCAGAUGAUUGGUAAUUUAAUAAUGGUUAAUUUGAGUAAAUAAUAAGUGCAAAUGAACCAGCAUAAUAUUUGGAAGAGGAAGUUUUAGUUAGGAAUAAAUAAACUGGAUAAUUGGAAAGAAAAUUAGUAAGAAAACCAUAUUAAAAAGACUAAAAAUUAGGUGAUAAUUUAAAUGAAUAAAAAGAUGGUGUGACUAUAUUAAGUAGAAAGGUAGUUGAUAAUAGAUCAAAAUAAGGAUGGGAAGAGAAAGGAUAGAAUUUAGAGAAGAUUUUGAAUGAUAAUGAAGUUGAAGAGUACAUUGAGGAUGAAAUAAUUAUAUAAAAUAAGAAAACUGGUAAAUAAGAGAGAAAAUUGGUAAGAAGAAAUGUAAAUGAUCCUCCUCCUUAAGAAGGUAUUGUUGUAUCAAGUAAAAGAGUUUAAAAUAUAGAAACUAAUGAGUAAUAAAAAUAAGCUGGUUGGAUUAAAUAAGAUGGUUAAUUAGUUAAGGUUAUUGCUAAGAAUGAACCAACAAAAAUGAUAAUAGAGGAAGUAUUAUAAUAUAAUGAUGAAACUGGUUAAAUGGAAAGAAAAUUAAUAAAGAGACCAUAUGAUCCAAGCAAUAAAAAAUAUGAGAUAUAAAAUGGAACUGUUUUAUCAAGAAAAAUUGUUGACAAUAUGGAAACUUUAGAUUAAGGAUAAUAAUGGGUUUUUAAGAAUGGAUAAUAUGAAUAAAUUAUAUGUGAUGAUGAACCUGAAUAAUUUAUAGAGGAAGAAAUAAUCAUUAUUAAUUAAAAAACUGGGAAAUAAGAAAGAAAAUUAAUUAGAAGACCUUUAAAACAUGAUGAAGAUCCAGAUAUUGGAGAAUGUUUAAAUGAAUCAAUAGGGAAUGGGAAAAAAGUAGUAGCAAGAAGAAUUAUUUAGAAUAAUUAACCUAGCGAAGAAUUGUAAUCUUGGAAGAAAAAUGGUGAUGUCAUGGAAAAAUAAAUAGCAGCAGAUGAACCUACUAAAUAUAUAGAAGAAGAAAUUUUAGUUUUAAAUCCAGAAACUAAAUAAUUAGAAAGAGUUUUAGUAAGAAGACAAUAUGAACCAUGUUAGGUAGGAUAAGUUAAUGAAACUGAUAAAAAUGGUAAUAAAAUAGUUUCAAGAAGAGUUGUAGAUAAUGUUGAAUCAUCAUAAAAUGGAUGGUAGAAAGUAAAAGGAAUUUUGAAAAAAGUUGUAGCUGUUGAACCUACUAAAUAUAUUGAAGAAGAAGUUUUGAUAAUAAAUUAAAAAACAGGAAAACAAGAAAGAAAAUUAAUUAGAAGACCAUUAAAUGAAGGAUAAGAUCCUGGAGAAUUGGGAGAUUCUUUAAAUAUUUCUACAGAAGAGGGUUAUAAAGUUGUCUCAAGAAAAAUUGUUGAUAAUAAUUAAGCCAAAUAAGCUAUGUAAGAUUGGAUUGAAGCUGAUGGUGUUUAAAUUAAAAAAAUUGGAGUUGAACCAAUUAAAUUUAUUGAAGAAGAAGUUCUUAUCUUAAAUCCAGAAACUGGUAUGAUGGAAAGAAAAAUAAUUAAAAAACCAUAUAAUCCUUCAGUUAAAGUUGGAAAUAAUUUAAAUAUUCAGGAUAAUUAAGGAAAUCUUGUAUUAUCAAGAAAAAUUGUUGAAAAUAAUUAAUCAACCUCAAAAUCAUAAUGGAAAUAAGGAUAAACAGAAAUUUUAAUAUAGGAAGAACCUGCAUAAUAUAUCGAAGAAGAAAUUAUUGUUGUGAAUCCUAAAAAUGGAUAGUAGGAAAGAAAAGUAGUCAGAAAACCAUAUUAUGGUUAAGAUAUUGAUUUGGGUGAUGAAUUAGAUGAAGAAAUUUCUAAAAAUUAACAUGUUGUGGCAAGAAGAAUUGUAAAUAAUGAAUAAUCAUUAGAUUAACUAAAAUAAUGGAAAAAAUAAGGAGAUGAAUUAGUGAUGACUCUUAAUUCUAAUGAACCUGCUUAAUAAAUAGAAGAAGAAGUUUUAGUUCGUAAUCCAGAAACUGGAAUGAUGGAAAGAAAAAUUAUUAGAAGAGAUUAAAAUUCAUAACCUUAAUAUGAUAAAGUAAUUUCAAGAAAGGUUGUUGAUAAUAGAAAAUCUUCUAUUGUUCUAAGUAAAUAGGGUUGGAAAUAAACUAAUCCUGGAGCUAUUGAAGUUGUUUUAGGAGAAGAACCAGAAUAAUAUAUUGAAGAAGAAAUUAUUUAAAUUAAUCCAAAAACAGGAAAAUAAGAAAGAAAAUUAAUAAGAAAACCAUAUUAUGGAUAAGAUAUUGAGGUUAGUGAUGAAUUAAAUGAAUCAAUUGGUGGAGGUUAGAGAGUUGUUGCACGUAGAAUAGUUGAUAAUGAUGCUUAGGUUGAUUGGGAAAAAAAGAAUGAUUAAUUUGAAAUGAAAAUUGGAAAUGCAGAACCAACUAAAUUUAUCGAGGAAGAAAUAGUUUAUUUUAAUCCAUAAACAGGUAUGGUGGAAACUAAAAUAAUUAGAAAACCUUUUUAGAAAAAUGCUAAAUUAGGAAAUGAACUAAAUGAAGAAACUAAUGAUGGUGUAGUUUUGUCAAGAAAAGUAGUUGAUAAUUUAGAAUCGAUAAAAAAAUAAGAAUAAUGGUAAAAGGGUUAAGAUGGUAAUUUGAUGAAAAUUAUCUCAACAAAAAAACCUGAUUAAUUUAUUGAAGAAGAAGUUAUAAUUGUAAAGAAUGGUAAAUAAGAAAGGAAAAUUAUAAGAAAACCAAUACUUUUUGACCAGUAAGUAGAAGAAUCUAAUGAUCUCAAUUAAGAUAUUGGAAAUGGAUAAAGAGUUAUUUCUAGAAAAAUUGUAAACGGACAGGAAGGUAAAGAUUUUGAAUUAAAAAAUGGAGUUUUCGAAAAGUAAAUAACUAAGAAUGAACCUACUAAAUUUAUUGAAGAAGAGAUUCUUGUUUAUAAUGAAGAAACAGGAAUGAUGGAUAGAAAAUUAAUAAGAAGACCAUUCACAGAUGGUCAAAGAUAGUUUGAUGAAAAUGGUAAUAAGAUAUUAUCAUCAAAGGUUAUAGAUAAUAAUAAAUCAUUGAAUUAAAUGUAGGAUUGGAAUACUGGUUAGAAUGGAUAAAAAGAAAUAAUUUUAUCAGCAGAACCAGAACAGUAUUAUGAAGAAGAAGUUCUUAUAUUUAAGAAUGGAAAAGCUGAAAGAAAAGUUAUAAGAAAACCUUAUAAUGGAUAAUAAUUGAAAUUAGGAGAAGAUUUAGAUGAAACAAAUGGAUAGAUGAAAGUAUUAUCAAGAAAAAUAGUGAAUAAUGAUUUAACAAGUACCUAAAAGAAGGAGUGGAAUGAACAAUAAAAUGGGUGUUUAGAAAAGAUAAUAUCAUAAAGUGAACCUAUAAAGUUUAUUGAAGAAGAGAUAUUAGUAUGUAAUGAAGAAACAGGAAUGAUGGAAAGAAAAAUUAUAAGAAGACCUUUAACAUAAAAAGAUUCCUAAUUAAAAUAAGGAAAUAAUUUAAGUGAAGUUAAUUAAUAAGGAGAUAGAGUUGUUUCUAGGAAGAUUGUUGAAAAUAGUUUAACUGAAGUAAAGAAAUAAGAAUGGGUGAUAGACAAGAAUGGAAAAAUGGAGAAAACAAUCUCAUAAGAACCACUUCAAUAUAUUGAAGAAGAAGUUAUUGUAGUGAAUAAGAAUGGGAAAUAGGAAAGAAAAUUAAUAAGAAAACCUUAUAUUGGAUAAGAGUUACAAAUGGGAGAAGAAUUAAAUGAAGGUAAAGGAAAUAUGAAGGUAGUAGCAAGAAGAUUAAUUGAUAAUCAAUAAUCAAGUGAAGAAUUAUAAAAAUGGUAAAAGAAGGGAGAAUAAAUGGAGUUAAUAUUGGUAAAAGAAGAACCAACUCAAGUUGUAGUUGAAGAAGUACUUGUUUAUAAUGCAGAAAAAGGAGUAAUGGAAAGAAAAGUGAUUACGAGACCAGUAAAUUCUAAAGAGGUUGAUGAUCCAAAUGUGAAAGUUUUAUCUAGAAAGGUAGUUGAUAAUUUAAAGAGCUAAUAAUUGGGAGAAUAAAUAAUUGCUGAAGAACCUGAAUAAUAUAUUGAAGAAGAAAUUAUAACAAUAAAUGCAAGGACAGGUAAAUAGGAAAGAAAGUUAAUAAGAAGACCAUAUUAUGGAGAAGAAGUAGAGUUGGGUGAAGAAAUGGAUGAAGCUGGAUAAAAAGGAGAGAGAAUAAUUUCAAGAAGAAUAGUAGAAAAUGAGGAGACUGCAGAAGGAUUAAAAGAAUGGAAAUAAUAAUCUGAUGGUACGAUGGUGAAAAUAAUAGCUUAGAAUGAACCUAUAAAAUAUAUAGAAGAAGAGAUAUUGGUGUUGAAUCCUGAAACAUAAUAAAUGGAAAGAAAAUUAAUUCGUAAACCUUUUAAUCCUAAUGCUAAGUUGGGUAAUGUUAAAGAAACAGAUUAAGAUGGAAAUGUUAUUGUAUCAAGGAAAGUUGUAGAGAAUAAAUAAUCAUAAAGGAGAUGGACAGUUAAGUAAGAUGGAAAAUUAGAAUAAGUAAUUAGUAAGGCAGAACCAAUUCAAUUUAUAGAAGAGGAGGUAUUGGUACUCAAUCCUAAGACAAAUUAAAUAGAAAGAAAAAUUAUUAGAAGACCUAUGUAAGCAGGAGAUUCAGAAUUAGACACAGGUGAUUCUUUAAAUGAAUCAAGAGGUAACUCUAAAGUAGUUGCUAGAAGAGUUGUAUAAAAUGAAUAAUCUUAAGAUUAAUUAUAAAAAGAAGGAUGGAUAAUAGAUAAUAAAUCAGGAUAGAUGGAGUUAGUUUCAAAAGAGCCUGUUAAAUUUAUAGAGGAAGAAAUUCUUGUUUAGACAGAGGAUGGAUAAUUAGUAAGGAAAUUGGUUAGAAAACCAUAUAAUCCAAAAGUAAAAAUAGGAAACAAUUUAUAAGAGACUGAUAAUGAUGGUAAUAGAAUUUUAUCGAGGACAGUUGUGGAAAAUAAUUAGUCAUUAGCUAGUUUAUAAGCAGAUGGAUGGAAUGUAUAAAAAUAAGAGAAAGUUAUAUCUUAAGAACCUUUAUAAUAUAUUGAAGAAGAAGUAAUUAUAGUGAAUCCGAAGACUGGUAAGUAGGAAAGAAAAAUAAUUAGAAAACCUUAUUAUAAUGAAGAUGUUGCUUUAGGAGAUGAAUUGAAUGAAGUUAAUGGUGGAUAGAGAGUAUUAGCAAGAAGAAUUGUAGAUAAUGAAUAAUCAUUAAAUAAAUUGAAUGAAGAAGGAUGGAAGAUGAAAGAUGGAAAUUUAGAAAUAACUAUGACAGAGCCAUCAUAAAUGAUAGAAGAAGAAAUAUUAGUUUAUAAUGAAGAAAGUGGAUUAUAUGAACGUAAAUUAGUAAGAAGAUAAUAUGAUGCAAAAAGGGAUUCAACUUUAUAACUUGGUUAAUUAAAAGAAUUUGAUUAGAAUGGUAAUAAAAUACUAUCUAGAAAAAUAGUAGAGAAUUUAGAAUCUAGUUAAUAAUUGUAAAAGGGUGGAUGGGUUAAUAAUUAAGGAAUAUUGGAAAAAGUGAUAAAUGUGCAAGAACCUGAUAAAUUUAUAGAGGAAGAAGUAUUGAUAAUAAAUCCUAGAACAGGGAAAUAGGAAAGAAGAUUGACAAGAAGGCCAUAUUAACCAGGAGAUGAGAAAAUGGAGAUGGGUGAUGAUAUUCUCGAUUAAUAAGGUGGACGUAAGGUUGUUUCUAGAAGAAUAGUAGAGAAUGAUAGUUCAUCUGAGUUUUAAUUAUAAUAAGGAUGGAAAUAGAUAUCUGCUGGAAUGUUUGAAGUAUAAUUAUGUGCUGCUGAACCUGUUAAAUAUGUUGAAGAAGAAAUCUUAAUUGUAAAUAAACAAACAAAAUAAAUGCAAAGAAAACUUAUUAGAAGAUAAUAUACUGUUAAAGAUUAAAAUCUAAAAUUUGGAGAUGACAUUAAAGAGAAGGAUUCUUAAGGAAAUAGAAUAUUGGCAAGACGUUUAAUUGAAAAUGUUUAAUCAUUAACAUAAUUGAAAAAAGAAGGAUGGACAAAAUUAGCUGAUGGAACAUUAGAAAAAGUAUUAUCAGCUAUAGCAUAAAAAUUUAUAGAGGAAGAGAUUUUAGUUUAUAAUCCAAGAACAGGAAAGUAAGAAAGAAGAUUAACAAGAAGACCAGUAAUGAUGGAGGAUGAUAAAUUUAAGAUUGGUGAUUAAAUUAAUGAAUAAUUAAAUGAUGGAACUAAAGUAGUUGCAAGAAGAAUAGUUGAUGGAGAUUUUGCAUUUACUAGUUGGUAAUAAAAUGAUUAAGGAGUUUUGAUUCAUUAAAUUAGUGAAGCUGAACCAAUGAAAUAUAUUGAAGAAGAAGUAUUAUAAGUGAAUCCAGAAACAGGAAUGAUGGAGAGAAAAUUAAUUAGAAGACCAUAUAAUGAUUAAAAAGUAAAUUUCGGAAAGAAUAUUAAUGAAAAUAAAGAUGAUGGUACAAUUGUAUUAUCAAGAAAGCUUGUAGAAAAUAAUGAAUCAUUAGCAUAAUGGAGAAGAGAAUCAGAUGGUAAAUUGGUUAAAAUAAUUAAUUAUGAAGAACCAGAAUAAUAUGUUGAAGAAGAAAUUAUAACUAUAAAUCCUAAAACAGGUAAAUAGGAAAGAAAAUUAAUAAGAAGACCAUUUACUGAAGAUGAUAGAAAUGCAAUAAUUGGUGAUUAAAUAAUAGAUGAAAUAAAUAAUGGUUAAAAAGUGAUAUCAAGAAAGAUUGUUUCAAAUUUAUGUUCAAGUGAUAAUUGGAAAUAAAAUGAAGAUGGUCAUUUUGAGAUUGUUGUUGCUUAAUAGGAACCAAUAAAAUUUAUUGAAGAAGAAGUAUUAUAAUAUAAUGAAGAGACUGGAAUGAUGGAAAGAAAACUGAUAAGAAGAGUAUUUUCAGCAUCAGCAUAAUUAGGUAAUAAUUUAUAAGAAACAGAUGAAAAAGGAAAUGUUGUUAUAUCUAGAAGAGUUGUUGAGAAUUUAUUAUCAUCCGAGUAAUAAAAGAAAGAUGGAUGGAAAUAAAAUUAAGGAAAUCUAGAAUUACUUUUGAAUGCAUAAGAAACUUUAUAAAUGGUUGAAGAACAAAUAUUAAUAAAAAAUUAAGAAACAGGUAAAUAAGAAUUAGUUUUAAGACGCCGUCCAUAUGUAGAAGGAGAAGAACAAAUAAAUCCAAGUGAUGGAUUAUUAUUAUCUAGAAAGAUAAUAAAAAAUAAUUAAUCAUAAGGAUAAUUAUUUAAUGAUGGUUGGAGUAGAACUAAUGGACAAUUAGAAAAAAAGAUUCAUAAUGUAAUAAAUCCAAUAUUAUCAAAUAAAUUAAUUACUGAUGAUCCAACAUCAUUAUAUUAUCUUGAAGAAGAUCAUAUUUUAACAAACCCAAAUACUUAAGAGCAAGAAAUUCAUGAAUUAAAAUUUCCAUAUCGUGGAAAUUAACAUUAAAAAAUAGGAGAGAAUUUGAGAGAGAGAGAUGAGGCUGGUAUUUAAAUUAUUGCAAGAAAGAUUGUUACUAAUAUAGAUCCUGAUUAUAAUCCUUAUUAAGAUGUAGAGGAAAUAACAGAGAUUAUUGGUAGUGGAAAAGAUAAUGAAUUUUAUGCUAUUCAAAAAUUAGUUAAUAUAACUGAAGUAAUUAUUAGUAAGAAUCUAAAUGAAAAAUAACCAAAUGGAUUUAUAAUUAGAUCAAGAGUUGUAAUUAAUGAGUAUUAAAAAACUUAAUAAUAAGGAUGGAGAAAAUUGAGUGAAUCUGAAAUUCCUCCAGGAAUUAGAUAAUGGAAUUAAAAUAAAAGAUCUAUGUAUUAAAUUGAUGAAGAUAGUUAAGAACAUAGAGAUUCUUAAUAUAGAUCUGUAGAUGAAUAAAAUUAAAUAAGAAUUAUGGAUUAAAAAUUAAGUGUUAAUGGAAAAUAUGUAGAAGAAGAAAUCUUAAUAAAAAAUUAACAUACAAAUAAAUAUGAAAGAAGAUUAUAACGUAGAUAUACUAAUGAAAAUACAUUUGGAGAAGAUUUAGAUGAAUUUAUAUAAGAAAUUAAAUAUCUUGCAAGAGUUGAAGUGGCAUAUUAAUUAGAAUUAACUAAAUAAGGUUGGAUUGAAAUAGGUAAUCAUGUAUUUUAAAGAGUAAUUGCUAAAAAUGAAACAUUAUAAAUGAUUGAGGAAGAAUUUAAUAAUAAAGAAAAACAUAUUUAAAUGUUUAUACUUAAACCAUAUAAAAAUGAGUAAAUUUAGAUAGGAGAAAUGGAUGAAUUAUAAGAAAAUGGAUUACAUUUAGUCAAAAGAUAGAUUGUUAAUAAUAGAUCUUUAGCAUAUUAUAAAAAUAAUGAUUUUAUUAAGAAUAAAGAUGGAACUUAUAUUAAAUAAAUAAAAGGAGGUAUUACAAUGAAAAUACCAAAAUAUUAAGAAUAAAAUUUUGUUAGAAGACCUACAUAAAGACUAUCUUAAAUUUAAUUAAUUGAAUAACGUGGUAAUAAUGAUAUUAUAAAAAUUGGAAUUACAGAAAAUGGAUAAGAUGAACCUGCUAUUGUUAAUAGAACUACUAAUUCUGAUAUAUCAGAAACAGACAAAAUGUUUAUUAAUUAAUUAGAAAGAGGUAAUAAAAAAGAUAGAUCAAAAAUAUAUUAAAAUAUUUUAAAUGAUGAAUAAUUUAGAGGUAGAAUUAACUCAGAUAAAAAUAAUAAGAGUCCAUCUACUCCAUUUAGUGAAUGUGCCAUUCCAAAUAGAGGUAAAAUUUUAUCAAAAAUUUUGAAUAAAUUUGUUAAAACUUCAUUAUCUUAAGCAAUGAAUUAACUUUAAUUAAUUUACUUAGCUUACAGAUAAAAAAAGAGAUAAACUUAUCAAAGAAACUCUACUAAUUUAACAAAUAUAUUAGCUAAUAUCUUUUAUCGUCAAUCAUUUGAUACAUUAAUAGAACAUAUGUAAAAGAAUGUUAUUGAAUUUGAUGAAGAUGAUGUUAUUAAAUAUAAUGAAAUGUUAGAUGAAAAUAAAAUAAUUGCAAUGGAAAUAUAACCAGGUGGAAAUGAAGGAUAAGCAGCAGAACCAGUUGAAUUAAAUCUUACACCUCCAGAAAAAAAGAGAAUUCUUAAAAUUAAACCUAAGGGUUCUCCAGAAACUAAAAUGUUUGGAAGUAGUUCAUAACAUGAAAAUGCUUAACCAUUUUAACGUAAAAGUGUUGCCCAUAAUACUAUGAAAGUUACAAAUCCUCAUUAAAGAUCUACUGGAAGAGCAUCCACUAUUAUCAAACCAAAUACUUUCUAAAGUUCUUAAAGUCUCAAACCAACUAAUGCACUUGCGUAAUUAUAUUUAUUCUAUCAUUCCUAGACGUGGAUCACUAUAAAAUAUUUCAGUUCCAUUUGGAUUAUAAUAACCUAAAAAUAAUAUAAAAAAAUAAACUACCAAAAUUAAAGAAACUCAAGAUAAAUCCAAUUCAUAGAGUAACAAACAUAGUUAAACUCCUUUGUCUUAAUCCUAUGUAUCUAUUACUAUUAUAUUAUUAGGCUACCAUAAGUUAAAAUUAAUCUUAAGCGUCUAUCUAAAAACAAAUGUCCUAAGAACAAUUAGCAUAAAUUUAAAAAAACAAAAUUGCAUCUUAAUUUAAAAGAAUGGGAUCAGUCUAAUUAUCUGGAGUAUUCAAAAAACCAUGAUAUUAAAUUUAUAUUAGUAUAUCA